UUAAUUUCGAGAGAAGAUACAAGGGAUUUGGAGAACGAAGACCCUUUCUCCAACACAGAGACAACGCAGCAAAUCUCUAUGAUUUAUAGCUUUCAGAAAUUGAACUCCCAAGUUAGAAUAUUAGGUUCUGGAAGUGUGUAAUGGUUGUAUUCUACCGUUGGAUUCACAGGUAAAGAAGGAACGAAGGAGAGACGUUGCAGGAGACAGGCUGAGACCGUUGAAGAGAGUUGUCACUGUACUCGGCGCGACGGUGAGGUUGCUUCGUUGGGGCUUAGUGGUCGUGGGUUCGAAUCGAAAAACAAUCGCUCCGCAAAUUUACACAAAUACCCCUACUAAUCCAUUUAUUUCCCUUUUUCUUUUAUUGACAAGUAUUUCCACGGGAUUUUCCAGACGGAUAUUGAUAACAGAGUGACCGGAGAGGACAGCGGAGGUUGUCUUGUUCGGUUCGGCCCAACUCUUAACGGACAUCGUGGCUGAAAAAUUUCGCUUUCCGGUUCUAUAAAUUUAUAUCAGACAUUUCAAGAAUUUUCUUGUCGGGGUUUUGAAAUUCCAUUAUUUGCUUAAAUGGAAGCGGCCUGCGUUGGAGCAGCAGUCAGGUUUUCAUUUUCGGACGUUUCCAAUAGAUGCAGGAGACAUUUCACGGUUAGAAAUGGCGGAGCGAAAACUUUUCGCUUACGCGCCGCCAUUCGAGCGCAGCAGUCCAAAUCCAAUGAUGUAUCUGCUACACUUUCUCCGUCAAGUGAUUCUGCUGUUGAUGCCCUUAAAAUCAAGGAGUGGGAAGUUGGAAGAUUCCAAGAUGAAAUAGCAGCCAGCCAGGGUAUCAAUAUUAGAAGGCGUCCUCCUACUGGCCCCCCUUUGCACUAUGUUGGUCCAUUUGAGUUCCGCUUACAGAAUGAGGGCAACACUCCUCGUAACAUUCUAGAGGAAAUAAUAUGGAACAAGGAUGUGGAAGUCUCACAAUUAAAAGAGAGAACUCCUCUGUCUGCGCUGAAGAAAGCUAUCGAUAAUGCUCCUCCUGCUAGAGACUUUGUUGGGGCUUUGAGGGCAUCUCAUCAGCGAACUGGUUUACCAGCCUUAAUUGCUGAAGUGAAGAAGGCUUCUCCGAGCCGAGGAGUGUUAAGAGAGGAUUUUGAUCCGGUUGAAAUAGCUAAAGCUUAUGAGAAGGGUGGGGCAGCAUGCCUUAGUGUUCUGACAGAUUCUAAAUACUUCCAGGGGAGCUUUGAAAAUCUGGGGAUCAUACGUGAUGCUGGAGUAAAGUGCCCUCUUCUCUGCAAAGAAUUCAUCAUUGAUGCCUGGCAAAUUUUCUAUGCUCGAACAAAAGGGGCAGAUGCAGUUCUUUUGAUUGCCGCUGUGUUGCCUGAUCAUGACAUUGGGUACAUGAUUAAGAUAUGCAAAAUUCUUGGGUUGGCUGCACUAGUUGAGGUGCACAAUGAGAGAGAAAUGGAUCGUGUGUUAGGAAUUGAGGGGGUUGAACUUAUUGGCAUCAACAACCGUGACCUUGAAACAUUUGAGGUUGAUAUUUGUAAUACAAGGAAUCUUCUGAAGGGAGAACAUGGACAAGUGAUCCUACAAAAGGACAUAAUUGUGGUUGGGGAGUCGGGUUUGUUUUCUCCAGAUGACAUAGCUUAUGUGCAAGAAGCUGGAGUUAAAGCGGUUUUGGUUGGUGAGUCCAUUGUGAAACAAAGUGAUCCUAGGGAAGGAAUAACACAGCUUUUUGGUAAAGAUAUUUCUUUAUGAACCAUGAGCAUCUUUUGUCCUCCCUUCCAUUCUCCUUUCAAUUUUUUCCCUCAAUCCUACCUUAUGGAUUAAUUAUAUUGGAGAAUAGUUUAAAUAGCAAAUCCCAAGGAAAGCUUCAACUUUACUGUUUUCAAGUGGAGACAGUUACCCACCUAAGAUGAGAUAUUUAUUGUAUUGCUAUUUAUUACUAUUAAUAUUAAUAUUAUUGUUGUUA